AUGGGGGUCCGGCUUGGAGUGAGCUGGAUGCUACAUCUGCUCAUCAUCGGUCUGUCACUGCUUGCUCUGACGUCGGCGAUUCCUUCUGGCCAUCAUGGCCAUCAACACACUCACCUACACAGGUCCUCUGAUCUUGGCUCCCGGCUCGAGAGUCGUGAUGGGAAACCCUUUCCCUUACGGAUCAUGCCUCUCGGGGCUUCGAUCACCACAGGUCUCAAGUCAUCGGAUAAAAAUGGGUACCGUAAAGUGCUGCGCCAACAACUCCGAUCUGCUGGAUGGGAGGUGAAUAUGGUUGGCUCGCUCAAGAGUGGCGAUAUGAAGGACAAUGACAAUGAAGGGCAUUCCGGCUGGAUCAUUGACGAGGUCGCCCAAGAGGCUGAAAAGACCAUUCCCAAGGCCCCUAAUCUUAUUCUUAUUAAUGCGGGCACGAAUGAUGCUGUUAAGCCUGUCCACCCUGAGUCAGCGGGCGAAAGGAUGAAUAAAAUGCUCACUCGUCUCUAUGAUGCAAUCCCGGGAACAACCAUUAUUCUCUCAACACUACUACCCAAUAAGGACGACAAGGCACAGGUCAACGUGUUGAAUAUUAAUGAGCAAUAUCGGAAUAUUGCAGCUACGCGUAUUAAAGAAGGCGACCGUCUGGUCUUGGCAGAGAUGAGUGAUGGUUUUAUUCAAGUGUCAGAGCUAGUCGACGGGACUCACCCAACCGAUGAAGGAUAUAAAAAGAUGGCCUCCGUAUGGUGGGCUGCAAUUCAGGAAGCAGAAUCCCGAGGACUUUUACAAAAGCCUAAGGAUAUUGGAGAGAGUGACUGGGCCGAUACAACCUGCGAGAAAAAGUUCGGCAGUGGAAACAGCGGAGGAAAGGUAAAAACCCAACGGGGGAGUGGCUGGGAUGACGGUGACUAUAAGCAUAGUUCCCAGCAUAUGGGACAAAUUAAACAGAUUGGGAUCACGAAUUCGAAGGAAGAUACCCAUCCCGGGAUUAAUUAUGCCCAGCUGGUUAACCAGGGAGGUGCUCACCGUGAGGGAGCUCUCGAUGAGCUUGUAUGGACUCGAGACGGUCUGGGUACUUGGAUGUAUCCCAAUAAUGGUAACGGCAACUUUGGAAAUCCCGUGAAAAUCGAUGUGAAGGAUAAUUGUCUUGCCCGAGGUGUACAUUGGGGUGAUUUGAAUAAUGAUGGGUUGGAUGAUUUUAUCUGUAUCAGUAGAGAAGGUGCAAUGUAUGCAUCAAUGAACCAAGGCGGCAGCCCUCCUCAAUUCAAGUCUAUUGGGCUGGUCAGGGCUGCACCUGGGGGAGAUCUGAAUCAAGCCAAUGUACGACUCGGUGAUAUUGACGGCGAUGGCCGUCUUGAUUACUGUCUGGCCAAGAACAACGGUGAUAUUCAGUGUUGGAGAAAUGGAGGCCAGAAGGACGCCCCAACAAAGGAGUUUGGUGGCUAUUGGCAAAACCUGGGGGUUGUCUUUACUGGUAAAGGUAUGGGCGAUCUGAGAGGUGUCCGUCUGGUUGAUAUCAAUGGUGACUUCCGGUCCGAUUGGCUUUGGCUAGAUGAAGAAGGUAAGGUUACUACAUAUAUUAAUCAGCGUGGCUCUGGCAAGGGUAGUCUGGCCCCAGAAUGGCGACGGAUUGGUGUUACCCACGCGGGUAUGGGUAUUAAGGGAGCCAGAGACCGGAUUAAGUUCGGCCAGGUUUAUCCAGGAGGUGGUGCCGAUUAUGUGUGGAUAGAGUCUAUGAAGAAUGCGAAGACUUACAACCACUACACCCAUGUAUGGAAGAAUACAGGCAGGGGUGGAACUACUCUAAAGGCCGACGGCGAUUUCUACUGUGACUGGCGUGGCACUGGUGCAGAUGAUUAUAUCUGGGUUUCCCCUACAGGACGCGGCUUACUCUAUGGCAAUAUCCAUAAGCCCCCCGUCUGGGUCCCGGAGGGCCCGGAAAUCUUCAAUAUUGGAAGAGAACGCAAGAGUAUUCACCUGGCUGAUUUCGAUGGUGACGGCAAGUGCGACAUUUGGGCUGUCAACCGUGAGACUGGUACGGCAGAGGUGUGGAUCAACAAUUGGAACGAUGAUAUUAAGGGUGGCUUCCUUACAUAUAAAGGGAUCAUUAGCGGAAACGUGAAAUGUACUGAAGGAUGGGGAGUUGGGCUUUAUGAUAUUGGCGUAAGGAUAGCUGAUUUGGACGGUGACGGUCGCGCAGAUUACCUGUGCAUGGAACCGAAUGGACGAACAGUUGGAUGGUUGAACAAGGGUAUCAAUAACUUCCAGUCCCAGGGCCAAGUUAAACGCCCUCAGGGAUACGACCGCGCCAAUCAUCGCUGGGCCGAUGUAGACGGUGAUCGUCGUGUUGACUUCCUGUGGGUCGACAAGUUCAAUGGCAAUACAUUGGUUUGGAUCAACAAAGGCCCAAUCCCUACCGCGGGAUCCAGUUGGAAGUGGGAGCUCCUGGAUGGCCCGCGAUAUCAAGGAUCAGAUAGAGGGGCAAAUCUAUUCUUCCCCAAUCUUGGUGGAUUGGGUCGAGCUGAUAUGCACAAUGUCAUACCACGCACUAACAUCGCGUACACAUGGUUCAAUACCUGUCCUGGAAGUGAUAGCAGCGCCGUAGACGAUGGUGACCCAUCCAAGGAGCCUGGACUACCUCCAUACAACCCCCCUGAUCAGCCUACUCCUACUGGCAAGCCGCCAAUCACCCCGACUCCGACUGGCAAUGCGGGUGAUGAACCGCCUAAAGGCUAUUAUGAACAUUGGCCCCUCGAUGAUAAGGCUCGCGAAGACGCCAUAUGCGGUGACAUGAAUCAAUUGGAUAAAGAGCUGUGGAACAAGAUGGAUACGGGGUCUUGGCUUAUUACCACAGCUGGUUGGUACCAGAAGCUUGCUCUCGAUCCGAACAGUGACUUUAAGUGGCCCGGUGGCGAAGGGGGGGCUGGUGGCAUAUCCCUCGCCCUUUCCGCCUACCAGGGGCUUAAAAAUGACGGGAAAUACGUAUGGGAUUGUGUAAACCCCCGGGAGAAAUGUACCGUGGAUAACCUGAGCGACUCGGACUUUUGCCGAGAUGGCCGCAUGUACCGAGUCCAGGCUCUGCAUGCAGUCCGUAAUUUGGCAAGGUACCUUGGAAUUGUGCACACCGUCAUGGGGGAAGUUUGGAACAGCAUGAGCUUCAAAACCGCCAGCAUGCGAUCUUGGUCCCGACGCGGCCUAACUCUUGCAGCUGGUGUGGCAAGUAUCAUUGCCGGAUUCUUCGAAAACUCUCUGGCAGGCAUACCUGCGGGGGUAGCAACGUUUGGGGCCGCCGCCGUGACGACGCUCGAUGAAACCACUGGAGACUCUAUUCGGUUCAACACGUAUGCGGAGCUAGGCGAUAAAGCGGACGACAUCAAGACUGCGGUUACAAACAGUCUAGAUGCUUUUUACAAGAAGCUCUUUCUGACUACACCCCCAGCUGACCCUAAUUGGGUCACCCUACCCACUUCUGUACCGCGCAUAUUGCAAAGCGGGUAUUUCGCGGGUAUUGACAGCCUCAACAAGGAUAGUCCAGUGAUGCCGAAAAGCGAGGAACUUAGGAAGCUUGCUGCUGCGCCGUUGAUUAAUAUGCUGUGGAAAAAGGAUCUAGUCAUUGUUGUCAAAAUCGAUAAUGAUUCUAUUUUCACUCGAGAUGGUUCGGCAUACCACCCUUGUGACAAGAACGGCGACAUCGAUGAGAAUCAAGACAGCACAGAUUUCAAGUACUGCAACCCAGAUGGCAGUGCCUUCCUCCUGCUUAUCAAGGACGAACUACGCAACUCGGCUCAUACGCCCAAAAUCCGGCCCCCGAAAGGGAUUGCCGAACUGCAGUCCGAAUACGGAUUCAACGGCCAUGACGUCGCUCGAUCCGCCUAUCUGAUUCAAAAGACAACAAACGAGUGGAUUUCUGCGAUGGACGCAGGCUCAUACUUCAGUUGGAUUCCCCAAACAUCUGGGGCUGACAUUCCUGCGUGGCAAAUGAUGAGGUGGAGCCUGCCAGUCUGUGACUUCACAGGCGGAACCAUCGAACCUACAGAAUGCCUUGACUAUACCAAAUGGUCCCAGUGCGUAUUGGAGAAAGUCAAGUAUGUUUGCGGGCGCCAGGCGGGGUGGCCAGAGGACUAUGUGUACACCCCUUGGGACUACCAUGAGGGAAAGCCCUAUUCGGAGGCUUCGAGUCCUGAUGAUGUGGUCCAAUCCUUGAUGCGCGGUUGA